CUUCAGCGGCAAGGUUGCUCCUAACCGCCCUGGAUUCCGCCGACGCCGCCGCCGCCAUCCCCGUCGCAGGGGCUUCUUGGAAGACAGGAGAUCCGAGACCGGGUUCAGCGCGGGCGGCGGGGGCGGUCAAAGAGGACAAAGUAAAGCAACCUCUGGGGGCCCUGCGAAGCCCCCCAGCUGGAUGUGGGGGCCUCAACCUGGGUCCCCGAAGUGAGAUCCCUGGCUGUGCUGACUGUGGAGCAGUCAUGGGGGGUGCUGGCCCCCAUGCCCACGACUGGAGAUCAGAACGGAUUGAACCCUGCGGCAUCAGCUGCAGCACCCGGCAGAGUCCCCAGGUGACUUGUGAAACUCGUAUCCCUGCCACAGAGACUACCCCAGCUGCAGGGGUGAAUGUCGUAGUAGUAGUUGACGGGAACUGUAUCCUCCAAUAUACCCAUCGUCAGUCACCUUGUUCCUGCCUCUCUGAUGGGCAGCCUCUCUUGCCCCGACGCCCUCCACCAACUUACGGUGCUGUGCCCCCCAGCCCCAUUAUUCCCAGAGGCCCAGCUUGUGGCCAAGAAGCUGGACCAGCCCCAUCACGCAGGACCCGUGGACUCAGCGUCCGCUGUUGCACCAAAGCCUGUCUGGGCGACGAAGAGGAACAUGCCGAGCGGCACCUCCAUCGGGGGCCACCCUGCAGCCGCCUCACCCCAGUGCCCUUGCCCUGCAGCCCUUCUGGGCCCUGGUUUGGAGUAGGAUCUCUCAAUGGAGGCAGGCGAGGGGCUCGGGUUGUGAAGAUCUGGGACCAGCAGCGAUGCCCUUUGCUGGAAGAAGGAGAUGUCAUCGCCAAGGUGAAUGGGGCUGACGUUCGAGAUCUGAGCCCUGGAGAAGUGGAGAGUGUGUUGCAGGAGCAUAUGCGAGCAGGAGAUGUGAUCCUUCUGGUGGAAAGGAAAGGUCAUCCCUCCCAUAGGCAUCCUCAGGAAAACUGCUCUUUUAGACAAGAACCUUUCUUGCCCAACUCCACUCAUAAUAAAAGAGGUCCUCAGGAUAUUUCUAAUCCUUGGGGAGGUCCCCCAGGUGACACUUUGACUGUGACCAGUUUUGUGGGUCCUGAACCUCGAAAUGUACUUGUGUGUCCCGCUCGUUGUUCCCAGAGGCUGAGGAGGCCUCGGCCAGCAGGAGGGGCUGGGGAACCCAUAAGUGUGGAUGGUCCUAAAGAAGAGCAUGGAUAUAGCAUUGCACUAUCCACCGAUGGAGUUGCAGCUGGAAGAGCCGCCAGUUCCCUGUUGCCCCAUCAGAAAGAGAGCCCCUCUCAUCAGGAAGACAGUGGUCUCUUAGCCCGGCUGACCCAUAGUGACGUUGGGAGUGUCUUCCGGCAGGCAGGGAACCGGGUCCGCAUGAAAGUCCGGAAUCGCAAGGAGGCCGGAGUUUCCAGUGAUUUAAACGCUGCGGAUAUUGAUGUGGGGGAAUGUCCACGGAGCCCCAGCUCUCCCCUCACUCAGCCUCAGGAGGCUGGCCAAUAUUCUGUGGAGCUGCUACGAGGGCCCAGUGGCUUCGGAUUCAGCCUAAGGGGCGGAAGCGAAUAUAACAUGGACAUCUAUGUCUUAGCUCUCAUGGAAGGUGGGCCAGCCCAGCAAUGUGGCAAGAUUCAGGUAAGCGACCAGCUGGUGGAAAUCAAUGGGGAGUCUACAACAGGAAUGACGCAUGCCCAGGCGGUGGAACACAUCCGCAGUGGUGGGAGCCGAAUACGAUUGGUGCUGAAGAGGGGCAAUGGAUUCAUUCCCGACUACGAUCAUGAGUUCAGCCAGAGCUCCACCAAGUUGCAGCAGGUGCUAGAGGCUGAGGACAAAGCUAGGCACCGUCACAGGAGACCAAACCGGUCCAUGGUCUCCCAAAACCUGGGACAGAACCUCGGCGAUGGAGAUGACAGAGAGGCGGCACUCUGUGACAUCAGGCAGCAGCUCCCCAAAGCCCACCAGUCUGGCCAGUUGCACCAGACCUCCAGCAAGGCUCAGGGAGAGGAAGAAAAGGACAGAGAACAGGGUUGGAGGCCUCAUAAGCAGGGAACGAAUGGGGAGGGGGAGAGUGACAGCUACAAGCUACUUUCCCCCCGGCCCAGCAGGAAAUUGCGGUCAGACUUGGUCCCCGGGCCUUGGCUCGUACCCAGUAAGGAACGACUGUCCCGGGCCCUCUGGGGGGUCUGCAUGGGCCAGGGAGAGGAAGAAGUACAAAAGGGCAACCCAGGGAGAGGGAAGGGCAUGGAGGUAAAGAGACGGAGUUAAGCCAAGCACCGCUGGGCUCAGUGCAGCCAUGUUAAGAAGUAUACAGUGCCUGAGGCUAACGGCACUGGCCAUCUCCGUCUGGAUUCGACCAUAUGAUUCUCCUUUCCAGUGUUUGUUUUUGUUCAGGGCCCUCUCCUCCACUCACACUGUGCAAAGGCAUUUUCCGUUUUGCUCUCCCCAUCCCAUUUCCUCACAACCACACUAUGCAAUGAUAGUUUUCAGAAGCCACUUCUUGCAAUUCUCCUGGAAUUAGGCAGCAGGAUUUUCUAUUCUCCGGCUGCCGUUCCCUCUUCCCAAGAACGGUGAUGGUGUCACCAUUUCUACAGUCUCCAACCCUUUGUGGACUGCAGCUUUCUAAUGUAGUGCUUUUGAAACGCCAUUUCUAGAAGCCCUGGGCUCUUGAGGGGUUUCUCCAAUGAGAAGACUACGGCUGGCAGGCGAGUUACCUGGGGAGAAGCUUAUUGCUCAUCUUGCUCUGCACAAGGUGGAUCUCAGGCCGUCUGCAGCAUGUUCUGCAGCCUACAAGGAUUGCAGUGUGAAUGUGCAUGGAACUGGGCUUAACUCAAGCUGAGAACUACGUAGGCUGGGGCACCUUUUUCUGCUCAGCCACCCAGAAUGCAGUUGUGUUCUCCCCUCUGCUAGUGGCAGCCAUCGGCAGCAAAUGAGCAUGAAACCUCCUGCAUACUAAAACAGGCUGCCUGCUGGAUGGGAUUCCUAUCAGCCUGUGCCCCUCUGGUUCGGCUGCCAGCCAGCAGGCAGUUUCAGCAUGCCUCAGCCAGUCCCAGGCGCACCUAUUCGCCAGCGUGGUUGGUUUUGUUUCUGUCCGUUGUGAGUUUCCAUGCUGAAAAAUCAGAGCAAAUGUGGAGUUGCUCCUUGCAAAGGAUUGGGGCGAGAGGAAGGGAGACAGAGCACCUCUAAGAUCUCAUGAGCAGAAAGUGCUGUGUCAGAAAAGCAAGAAAAAAGUUUGAUCUAAAUUACCUGAUUGAUAGUCCUUUGCUUCUCAUCAAAUCUAUUGUUUACCAGUCAGUUCCUUCCCUGAUGUAGAAAACUCUUCAUAGCAUACUGGGGAGGUGGGAUGUUGGCCCAAGCCUUAGACAUACAGACAUACAAGUCGGCCUUGUGUUCUCUCUCUUGGGAUGGGGGAGAUACCAUGUGCUUUGCAUGUUGCGUGCAAACAUGAGUCGAUGUGAAAUGUGCAUGUGUCUGCGGGAUGCAUAUGGUUGAACCUUGGCUGGGCUUGUGCUUCACAAAGUUCAGGAGUCAUUCACGGGCACAUUCUGCAUGCCAAAGCCAUGAUGCAUCUAAGAACUCAACCCAAUUGCAUUCAGAAGGCACACCAAGCCAGGUUUCAGAAGCAGUACUGUCACCCACAUUUCCUGUGCAAAGAAAUGCUGGGUUACAAAUCUGCAUGGAAACCACAUCCCUCAACCCCAGGGUCUGACUCUGGGGUGCAUUUACCAAGGUUGGCUGUUUCUGAUGGAAGGAAGAGUCUUUGAAAUCCACCCACAGUGUCAAGUAAUGAACAUGGGCAUGUUGCCCAUCCAUAGAAGAUCCUCUGGGAUGAAACACUGAAGCGGGCUCUUCUGCUGGUUGUAGACGCAACAGUGACUCAACAGAUCCAACAGGGUCAGAGUUGCUGAGUAAUUCUGCAGGUGCCUUUUGGCUUUUUAACUGGAGAUGGAAAGACAGUGAGGAAGCAGCUGUAGUGCCGCGCCGUUAUGGAAAGCAAAUUAUUUUUUAAACGUAAAUCUUAUAAAAAUUAU